CAAGGGUUCAGCCAAUCAGCGACGCGGAUCGGGCGCUUCCUGCCAAGACGGUUGUUCACCAAUGCAGCAGCAAGAGCUCUUAAUUUGGCGGCUGUGCGGAAAACAUGGCGGAAAAUUUGAAAGAAUGCGGUGUUCCCUGCAAGCUGUCCCGGGACGAUCUGCAGGACCUUUGCCGCCGGAGAAGGAUUCACUGCAGAGACCUGCAAGUCAACAAACACAACUUCAACGACUAUGAGGUGGAAUACUUGUGCGAUGUCAAGCGGGACAAGGAGGACGAGGAGCUGUACCUGGUCAAGUGGAAGGGCUUCCCCGAGGCCGACAACACCUGGGAGCCGCGCAAGAACCUCAAGUGCCUCAAGCUGGUGAAGGAGUUCCGCCAGGACCUGGUGGCCGAGCUCCGCCGACAGCGCCGCCGCCACAAGAACCCGGUGCCCAAGCGGCUGGGCAAGGAGCUGACCUCGGCCCUGGUCCAGCGGGCCAAGCAGCGGAUCAGCCUGCGACGCUGGGAGGACCACCUCAACAAGACCCGGAGCCACCCGGGCCGCAUCCUGGUGCUGAACGAGGUAGACCUGGAGGGCCCGCCGCGCGACUUCACCUACAUCAACAACUACCGGGUGGGCCGCGGCAUCGAGCUCAACGAGAUGGCGCUGGGCUGCGAGUGCGAGGACUGCGGGCGCGAGCCGCUCAACGGCUGCUGCCCUGGCGCCUCCCUGCACCGCACGGCGUACAACAAGCUGGGGCAGGUGCGGCUGCGCGCCGGCCAGCCCAUCUACGAGUGCAACACGCGCUGCCGCUGCGGCGCCGACUGCCCCAACCGCGUGGUGCAGCGGGGCAUCCAGUUCGACAUGUGCAUCUUCAAGACGCCCAACGGCCGCGGCUGGGGCGUGCGCACGAUGCAGCGCAUCAAGAAGAACACCUUCGUCAUGGAGUACGUGGGAGAGAUCAUCACGACGGACGAGGCGGAGAAGCGGGGGCACCUGUACGACCGGCAGGGCUCCACGUACCUGUUCGACCUGGACUACGUAGAAGACGUCUACACGGUGGACGCCGCCCACCAGGGGAACAUCUCGCACUUUGUCAACCACAGUUGCAACCCCAACCUGCAGGUGUACAACGUGUUCAUCGAGAACAUCGACGAGCGUCUACCCCGGAUCGCACUGUUCUCCACCCGGGCCAUCCCCGCCGGAGAGGAGCUCACCUUCGACUACAAGAUGCAAAUUGAUCCAGUGGACACGGAGAGCACCCGCAUGGACUCCAGCUUCAGCCUGGCCCCCCUCUCCAGCAUCCCCUCCUCCCCCAAGAAGCGCCUGCGGGUCGAAUGCCGCUGCGGUUCGGACUCUUGUCGGAAGUAUUUGUUCUGAGGCUCUUUGGCUUCGGAGGAAGACGGAGUAUGAAUUUGUAAAGUAUAUAUUAUUUUCCAUCGAACAUUUUGAGGAAAAUAAUUCUGUACAACUUUGUAGAAUAUUUUUUUUGUAUUGCCCUGUUCAUUCAAUAUACAUGUAAAGCCAUUUAAUUCACAAAUAAGUAAUGAUUUCCGUUAUAUACUCAGUUCUGAGCCAGAGACACAUAGAUUUUCUUUUAGGUUCAUUUUACAAUUUUAUUUUUCGUCCGAUUUUUCAGUUUCACUUGAAAAUCGGGAAAUUGUUGCCUGUAUGAAUUGAAUGUGAAUAUUUGAGUGUUUGCUAUUGAGCAUGCUUUCUUUUUUUACUUUGCUUUGUUUACUGGUGAAUCUCCAAAUCCUUUAGCCCUGUGUAGCAUUGAUGGUUAAACAUAAAGGUCUUAGCUUAAAAUCCGAGCCUUUUCCUAGUCGUUUGCACAACAAGUUUUGUGCAAGGUUUUCUAACCUAUCAAACAUUAAUAUUCAGCAGGAGAAUAUGAAUUAGCUAGUUUAUCACCAAUGUUUUGGUGAUAUUCUCACAAAACACUAUGUGAAUGCUGAGAAGAAACUGGAAUUUUAAAAUAAGGUAUUUUGAAGCCUUGAUGAUGCCAGACCGCUUGGGUCUUGUAUUCCCCCGUUCAAAGGUCCAAACAGAGAUGGAAAUGUAUCGUCUUGGAUGGUACAACCAUGAUGCAAAAAAAUACUGCUUUUGAAAUCUCUGAAUUUAAACCCUUUUUUUAUUGAUAGCAAUUUUAUUAUUUUAUAUUAAGUACAUUUUCGUCUUCCCAAGCACUAUUCAUUUUUUACCAACGUAAAAAGUAUAUCUUAAGACUCCAUGGGCUGCUUUUGGCAUUUAUUUCAGGUACACGGAUGUAUUUAUUUUGCCCUGUAUAGUUCCUUUUCAAUCUGCACCAGGUAGGUUAUUUUACUUUCAGCCUAAUUAUAAUUAAGCAAUGUAGUUAUUGUAUGAAUUAAUUUGGGUCUCCUUUUUCUGUUUAAGCGAAAGAAAAAUGUAAAUAAAUUGCUUCAAAGUA